UUUUAGUACAUUUUUUAGUUGCAUGAGUUGGCACUCCUUCAAUAUGGUUUCGCGCUAAUUUUACUAAACAAAUUGUCGAAAUGUCGCUUAAAAAGGCUCUCGAUGAUUGCAAGAUUGAUUUCGAUCGCUGUGUGCUGGUCACCGACCUUCUGGAGGAGUACAAGCUGUCCUACAAGGAGGUGAACGAUGUGUUGGAGGCCUACAUCAAAGAUCAGGAACCUGCCAUAAAAUUCGAGAAGCGAUUUCUAGUCCAUGGCAAGCGUAAAACGCAAGGAUCCGAUUCCGGCGAAGAUCUGUACUCUGUGGUGAUGGAGAACAAGAUGCAGGAUUGGCUGGCCAAAGUCCAGGAUGCGGAGUCCCAGCUGUAUAGUGUGAAAAUUGCCGGUGGCACCAAAGCGCCGGCCGCGAUUUUUAAGCCCAUGCAGCAUAUGGAGGUGAAGUUGGCCAAGGUGGAGCAGCGUCCUGGAGCGGGAAAGACUGUGCCCAGUGCAAAUGGAGUGACCCCCAGCAAUGGAGUGAAAUCCCAACCCAAUAAAUCGGAGUCGUCCAAGUCUGUGGUUAAGUUAGAGCCUUCAAAAUCGUCACUUAAAGCAGAGACAACAAAGCCAGAGGCAGAGAAGUCGGCAGCCACCAAGAGCAAGUCCUCUCCGGAGACCAAGAAGACCUCGCCCAAGGAUCAGGCCUCUAAAGCCAAGCCUGCAGCGGUCAAAAAGGGCAGCAUAAAUAGCUUCUUCACAGCGGCGGCCAGCAAACCAAAGGAUGUCAAGGCAACGCCCAGCAAACCGGCUUCCGGCACCAUGGACAACUUCUUCAAGAAGCAACCGGCAGGGACAAACAAGUCGCCACCGGAAAGUGAAGAUAAAUCCAAGCAAGAUGCUCCCAAUCCAAAUAAAAAGGAAGCCGCGAAGAAGAAAUCCCCCAGUCCCACCAAAAAGUCCACAGCGGCAAACACUUCCAUGCAACUGUUCGACGAGGAGAGCGCCGCCGAAUCCUCCGACGAGGAGGAAAAGCUGGACAUGCUGCGGCGGAAGGUGAUCGAAUCGGACAACGAAUCCGAUCUGGAGAAGCCCGCGUCCUCCAAGCGGCGCCGCAUCAGCGACUCUGAGGACGAGGAGCAGCCACCCAAGAAGUCCGCCGAUGAAGAAGUCAUCACAGUGGACGAGGAAAUGGAUACGGAACCGGCCAAUGAAACCUAUCUGGACGAAGAUGGCUUCGUCAUCACGCAGCGAAAACCGGCCAAAGCCCAGCCAGUCAAGAAAAAGGUUUCCCCAAAGGCUGCAGCUCCCGUCAACAAAAAGAAGUCACCACCUUCAUCCGCCAAAGCUGGAAAGGAUGCGCCGAAAACCAAACAAGCCGGCAUCAUGAACUUUUUCACCAAGAAGUAAAAAUAAACGCAUGAGGAAGUUGGUAGAAUAAGGUUAAUGUUUAAGUAUGGAAACAGUUAAUGUUUGUAGUAAACUUAAAAAUUAUUUAAAAAAUGUCGAUUUCAGUUAUUGAAAAAUAUAUUUAUUUUGAUAUACCAUCAAACCCAUUGAGAAUACCAUAGUAAAAGGCAGCGUUUGUUGUUAAAAAGAA